GCGCCCCAAAGCAGCUCCACUGUCGAGUGACCGAAGCUUGAACUUCACACUUCACUGCUCUCUCUCUCUCUCUCUCUCUCUUUCUCUCUGAGGCUGAGCCUUUCUUGGAUUCCAAAGCUCUUUGCUCGAACGAGCUACAGAGCCAUUCCUUCCUUCCUCUCUCUCUCUCUCUCUCUCUGUCACUCGCGCAGACGCAUUUGCCUUUGCUUCUUGCGAGAGCCCGGAAGGAAAGAGCAGGGGUUUUUCUCUCGUUGAGCUCCUCCUGUUCCUCGGAUCUGUGGAGCAACAUUCCUCUCCCCCCUACAUUGUUGUGUCCAUCUGCUCUAAUUCCAAGUCAUGAGUAAAGAAGAGAUUUUGAAGAUCCAGACCUGCGUGCUGAAAGUGAACAUACACUGUGAUGGAUGUAAGCAGAAGAUCAAGAAAAUCUUGCAGAAGAUUGACGGUGUGUUCAAAACCACCAUAGACUCAGAGCAGGGUAAAGUGACGGUUGCAGGGAAUGUAGACCCAGCUUUGCUCAUCAAGAAGCUGGCAAAAUCAGGAAAACAUGCAGAGAUUUGGGGUGCUCAAAAGCCCAACAACAAUAACAAGAACAACAACCAGAGCCAUCUCAACAACCAGCUCAAGAACAUGCAAAUCGACAAUGGCAAAGUGGGUGGCAACAACAAGGCCCAAAAGGGUGGGAACAACAACAACAACCAGCCAAAGGGAGGUCAACAUCAACAAUUUCCAAACUUGCAACAGCUCCAGCAACUCCAACAGAUCAAAGGGUUUCAAGAUCUGAAGCUGCCUCAGUUCAAGGACCUGAAGAUGCCUUUCAAGGACCAGAGCCAGGGCCAGAGCCAGAAGACAGUGAAGUUCAAUUUGCCUGAGGAGGAUUUGUGUGACGAUGAUUUUGAUGACGAGUAUGAUGACGAUGAUGAGGACUAUUAUGACGAGUUUGACGAUGCUCUGGAUGAUGCACACCAGCAUCUCAGUAGAAUGAAGCCCAUGAUGGGGAGUGGGCAGGGGCUCCUGGGUCAAAAUUUCAUGUUCAAUGGGAUGAUGAAUGGUAAUCAUCCACAGAUGAUGAGUGCGCAGACGGGAGGGAAUGCUGGUGGAAAUGGAGGGAAGAAAGGCGGUGGGGGCGGCGGCGGCGGAGGUGGAGGUGUGGCGUUGCCUGCUCAGGUGAGUGGUGGUGGAAAUGGUGGUAAGAAAGGAAAAGGUGGUGGUGGAGGAAAUCAAAAUCAAGCUGGUGGAGGUGGUGGGAAAAAUGGAGGUGGAGGAUUGCCUCAAGAUGCCAAAACUGGUAAUAAUGGUGGUGGUGGUGGGUCUAAUAACAAGAGUGGUCAAAAUGGUGGUCAUAAUGUCAACAACAGUAAUGGCAAAAAGGGAGGAGGGGGCGGCGGCGGCAGUGGCGGAAAGAACGAAGGGUUGAACCCUAUGAACAAUGGUAAUUUCCACAUAGGGGGACCAAAAGGCGUGGCCAUGGGAAAUGGAAAUUUAGGGCAAAUGGGCGGAAUGAAUAUCCCGAUUGGCCAAAUGGGCAAUUUAUCCGUGGGUCAAAUGGGCGGCAUCCCGGCCGUUCAGGGCCUGCCCACUGGCGGAGCCGGUGGCGGCUCUUACUUUCAAGGUGCUACCGGACAGGCAGUCAUCCCGGGCAACCCGUAUCUCCAGCAGCAGCAACAGCAGCAGCAGCAACAACAGCAACAACAACAACAAUACUUAGCCGCCUUAAUGAAUCAACAACGGUCGAUGGGCAACGAGCGGUUCCAACCCAUGAUGUAUGCCCGGCCGCCUCCGGCAGUCAACUACGCGCCGCCUUACCCUUAUCCGUACCCAUAUCCAUACCCGCCCCCACCGGGGGAUCAGUACACCCACUUCUUCAGUGAUGAGAACACAUCAAGCUGCAAUGUGAUGUGACGGAGCUCCCGAAAGAGGAGCGCCGCCACCCAUGGCGGGCGGUUCUGCGGUUGAUGGAGGUGGACCUUUCGCUUGAGAGUGGGAAGAAUGAAGGAUUGUGCACAAUGGAAAUGGUUCUUAUCUUGACCAUGACCAGAAGAAGCUAACUGAAGCUUGCUUGUCAGUGGGAUCAUUGUCAUAAAAUGGCAGAAGCUGAUUUAAUUAUGAUGAAGUUCUAGUGAACUUUGAGGACUUGAAGGCUUAGUGGGCUUGCUUUUGUUUGUUCAUAUAUGUUUAUAUGCUGCGAACAGAAUAAGAUGUUUUUGGAGAAGGGGAGUUAGGGUAAAAAAGUGCACCCAUCUCUCUCCCGAUCUCUCUUCCAUACCCCUUCAUGUUUCCUGCAAUCGAUCAUAAUGCCAACAUGUCAUUCUAGCA